GCUGCGGCUCCGGCAGCAGCGCCUGGCUCUCCGCUGCCUUCCUCCGGGAAGAGCGACCCGCGGUGCUUGUGUGCCCGUGUGUGUGUGUGGUGUGUGUCAGUGCGUGCGUGGGGGUGAGUGAGUGUUGUGUCCUUUUUUUUUUUUUUCUUUUUUUCUUUUUUUAAUCAGAAGCUCUGAAUGAAAGCCAGUCAGAGGGAGAGCUCCCCCUCUGCUUUGGUUCUCUGCUGUCCAGAGUUAAGUGAUGCUGGGAGAAAAAGCCUGAGUUAGAUCCAAGUGGGAUCAGUCUUAGCAAAUAAGAGCAGAAAAGAAACAAGAAAAGGACUCUAAUACCUCAUUCUUCAGUUUUCCUUGGGGUGGACACUACUUCACUCUCUCAGAAGCAGAAUAAAAGGUCUCAUAAGAAAGAACUUCACCUAAGAUCUCAAUGAAAAAUGUUCCCAAAGUGGGGAAGCCAAAACAGUGCACAAUCUAUUACUGAGCAGCUGAAUGAAUUCACUUGGCUAUACUAAUUACAAUUCAUAAACUUUAUGAUCUCAUCAAACAGAUUUGAAACAAGAUGUGAGUUUCCAUGAUAAAUGGUUGUUUCCAUUUCUUCCUGUCUGCUAAGAGAGAAUGUAAUCCUCCUGCUAUCAUCUAAUUAGGAGGAAUGGGACUAUCCAUGCUGCAGGCACAGGCAGUAACACAAGUUUGAGGAGCCACUGUGUAGACAUCAAUGAACACUUUAUUAAAUUAUACAGUUUUCUAAGCAGGCACGAUCUCUCAGUGCCCCAAUUCUUUAUGCUUUAGUGAACUGCCUGCGCUCUCUGAAGCUGUAAGGUUUCAGCCUGAGCUGAAGAUAUAAACUCCUGAUGAGAUUAUGGACCUGGUUACUAUGGGCAUUUCAGAGAUGAGUUGCUGUACAGGGCUUGGCUACAUCUGGAACUAGAAACAUAAAAAGCAAGUCAAGAAAAAUAAAACUGUGGACUGCAUUGCUGACCAGCUCAAACAGUACCAGUAGUGGAUAAUUAUGACAAUACAGCAAGUUCUAUUACUUCUGCUGCUCUGGAUGUGGCUGCUACAUCCCUGCCACACAGAAAUGCUGUUUAGAAGGACUCCCGAUCUCAGACCUAAAGGCUUUGCGGGACGUGCAUCAGGGAGUGAUGGAAAAGCACUUCACCGCCAGAAGCGAGGCUGGAUGUGGAACCAGUUUUUCCUUUUAGAGGAAUACACAGGAUCUGAUUAUCAGUAUGUAGGCAAGCUUCAUUCUGAUCAGGACAAGGGAGACGGAUCUCUCAAAUACAUUUUGUCAGGAGAUGGGGCAGGUACUCUUUUUAUAAUUGAUGAAAAAACAGGUGACAUUCAUGCUACCCGGAGAAUUGACAGGGAAGAGAAAGCCUUUUACACCCUGCGUGCCCAAGCUAUUAACAGAAGAACUCUGAGACCAGUGGAACCUGAAUCUGAGUUUGUCAUCAAAAUCCAUGACAUCAAUGACAAUGAACCAACAUUUCCAGAAGAAAUUUAUACUGCUAGUGUUCCUGAAAUGUCAGUAGUGGGUACCUCUGUGGUGCAAGUCACAGCUACGGAUGCCGAUGACCCUUCAUAUGGUAACAGUGCCAGAAUCAUUUACAGCAUACUUCAAGGACAGCCAUAUUUCUCUGUGGAACCAGAAACAGGCAUCAUCCGGACUGCUUUGCCAAAUAUGAACAGAGAGAACAGGGAGCAGUACCAAGUGGUUAUCCAGGCAAAGGACAUGGGAGGCCAGAUGGGUGGAUUAUCAGGGACCACUACUGUGAACAUCACUUUGACUGAUGUCAAUGACAAUCCACCUCGAUUUCCCCAGAGUACCAUCCAUCUCCGCAUUCCUGAGUCUUCUCCAGUUGGGACAGCUAUUGGCAGCGUCAAAGCUACAGAUGCAGAUAUUGGAAAAAAUGCAGAAGUAGAGUACAGAAUUGUAGAUGGAGAUGGGACAGAUAUGUUUGACAUUGUGACACAGAGGGACACACAGGAAGGCAUCAUUACUGUGCGGAAGCCAUUAGACUAUGAGACAAGAAGGCUUUAUACCUUGAAAGUAGAAGCUGAGAAUACCCAUGUGGAUCCACGCUUCUAUUACCUUGGGCCUUUCAAGGAUACAACUAUUGUGAAAAUCUCUGUAGAGGAUGUAGAUGAGCCUCCUAUCUUCAGCAGAUCUUCUUACCUUUUUGAGGUUCAUGAAGAUAUUGAGUUGGGGACAAUAAUAGGAACGGUAAUGGCACGAGAUCCUGAUUCAGCUUCAAGUCCUAUAAGGUUUUCACUGGAUCGUCAUACAGAUCUUGACAGGAUUUUCAAUAUUCAUUCUGGAAAUGGAUCCAUCUAUACUUCUAAGCCACUGGAUCGUGAGAUAUCACAAUGGCACAAUCUCAGUGUUAUAGCAGCUGAGAUCAACAAUCCUAAAGAUACUACCCGUGUUCCUGUCUAUGUAAGAAUUUUGGAUGUUAAUGACAAUGCCCCACAGUUUGCUGUGUUCUAUGAUACUUUUGUUUGUGAAAAUGCAAGAGCCGGACAGCUCAUCCAGACCAUAAGUGCAGUAGACAAAGAUGACCCUCUUGGGGGACAAAAAUUUUUCUUCAGUUUAGCAGCUGUUAACCCUAAUUUCACUGUUCAGGACAAUGAAGAUAACACUGCCAGAAUUUUAACAAGAAGAAACGGCUUUAGUCGACACGAAAUAAGUACAUACCUCUUACCGGUGGUGAUAUCAGACAAUGACUACCCAAUCCAGAGCAGUACUGGAACACUUACCAUCCGAGUUUGUGCCUGUGAUAGUCGAGGGAACAUGCAGUCCUGCAAUGCGGAGGCCCUGCUCCUCCCUGCUGGCCUCAGCACAGGGGCACUGAUUGCCAUUCUCCUCUGCAUCAUCAUCCUGCUGGUUAUAGUGGUGCUAUUUGCUGCUCUGAAGAGGCAACGAAAGAAAGAGCCUUUGAUCCUGUCUAAAGAGGAUAUCAGAGACAACAUUGUGAGUUAUAAUGAUGAAGGUGGUGGAGAGGAAGAUACCCAAGCCUUUGAUAUUGGCACACUGAGGAAUCCUGCAGCUAUCGAAGAUAAGAAGCUUCGACGAGACAUUAUCCCUGAAACGUUAUUUGUACCACGGAGGACUCCUUCAGCACCGGAUAACACAGAUGUCAGAGAUUUCAUUAACCAAAGGUUAAAGGAGAAUGAUACAGACCCAGCAGCCCCCCCGUAUGACUCGUUAGCAACCUAUGCCUAUGAAGGAAAUGAUUCAAUAGCUGAAUCCUUGAGCUCCUUAGAGUCGGGUACUACUGAAGGAGACCAAAACUAUGAUUACCUCCGAGAAUGGGGCCCUCGGUUUAAUAAGCUUGCUGAAAUGUAUGGUGGAGGAGAAAGUGACAAAGACACUUCUUAAACUACAGUAGUCUACUUUUUUGGUUCCUUUGAGCGGAAGUAAUUUUACAGACACCUUCUGCACUCAACAGUAUUUAACAUUCAGGAAAAUUUUCCUGCCACUCAGCACAAUGAUUUCCUUUAGAAUUUGUUUUCAAUUUGUCCAUUUAUGUCAUUCAUUCUUUCUAGUAGGAUGCCACUUGGAACACAUACAGUAUUUUAUUUAAUCACCUUCCAAGAGCCAAAGCUAUGGAAAUUCAGUGUUGUCCAUUUUAGUAAUUAAAAAUACCUUACCUUCAGAAAUUUGAACAGGGUGAUAAUCCCUUAAGUAACCUCAUGUACAAGCCGCUUCUGUUAGGUACAUGUCCUUCCCUUACAAGUGCAGCUUUUAAGAAGGCAAAGAAGAAAAACCCCAGUAUGUUCUGUUCUGUACAUUUAAAACUGAAACAAAAUGUACACGUGGUGUUAAUAAGUGUAAUAUGCAGCUGGUUUAAAAAAAAAAAAAAAAAAAGUUUGUGCAGCUUCAUUUCAUCAAAUUCUAUCUGCCAACGUUUUAUAUUUAUAUUUUUGUAUUUAUUUUUAAGAAAUAAACCAGUUUUUACAACUA